AGAAAAUCUAUGUAUCCUCUCCCAAGAUGAAGGAGAGGAUCCUUUAAGCUCGCCACAGAAGCUUAAAGCGACCAUUUCAAGAGUAAUGAUAACAAGCAGAUCAUUUAUGGGAGCAACUAUGGCAAUAGCUAUAUGUGCCCUGUGGAUACUUGUUUAUCAUCGCGCGGGAGUGGAUCUCUCUUGUGGUUGCUUUUGAGCUCCCGUGGGCAUGUUGGCAUCCUGUGCUACUGCAUUUUCCUGUUUCCUUCCUAAACUUGUGUCUAAAAUGGCUUGUUACCAUUUUGGUUCAGCAGCAUAUAGUUGUGAUGAGCCACUUCUUUUUUUGUUUCACUACUUAACUCUCUGCCCUUUCUACAUAUCGGUUUCAUAUGAUGUGAUUUACGGUUGACGAUGAAGCACAUUUUUACACUAAACCAGUGUUUCUUGAGGCCUUUUCCUACGAGGGUUCUGCUUUCAGUAGGUCUUUUGUUCUCCACUUUUGGACUUUAGUGAGCAAUGUGCCUUAGUUCUGCUGGCAUGUUAUGCACUUUUCAUAGCUUUGUGCCGCUCAAUUUGAGUGGAUGAGGGUGAACUUAGUGUUUCAAUUGAAAUUACUGAUGGGCCUUUCUCUUCAAGUAGCAAUGUUUUUUAUCGUGAAGCAGUGUUUGUGAUAGCUGGUUGUUGUAACUUAUGCAAGGUGAAGCAGUGUUAUUCCUGUGGAUCUUACUGGUUGUUCUGUGACACUUAGGUCUAUCUUCAUUAUUCAGUGUCCAUUUAGUGUUUUUUUAUUAUAUUUUUAUUGUUACCUUCAAAAACUUUGUCCUGUCUUGGCGGUAAUACCAGGCCUUUUCAUUAAAAAUUCAAGGCGUGCAAGCUUCCCACUUUGUUGCAAAUACCUCGUGUCACACUAUUUGUUGAUAUUGGGUGGAGACUGUAGAGUAUGUAAGGAAGUAACGAGUUACAUAGGCGUGGAAAUGGGAUAGAGGUAAGAUGUCUAUGUAUUAUGCGCAUUUCCUAAAUGUAGGGGGCUAUUUCAACAUGAUCAGUUGGUGAUAAGAGAAUUAGAGUUUUUAUUCUGGCGUUGUUCUACUGCUCUACUAAAAGCAAGCUCCAUACUGAGAAAAUUUCAUGGGCUUAGGGAUGGCUAUGAUAUUGGGAGCCUUAGGAUAUCCAUAUUUCUAGAUGCAAAAUUGUGCUUCUAUUCUGGCUCUGCCUUCAGAUUGCAGCUUUUGGUCCUUGUCAAAGAAUUGGUGUGGAGAGAGAGUGAUGUUCCAUUGACCUCUCUCUAGGUAUCGUGACAUAAUAGCUCCUCUUGGCUCUAAGGUCAAUUUUGGUCUACCCCUCUUCUUACGGCCAUCGUCUCCCAACACCGUAUCACCCAUUUUAACUACCGCAUCAAGUGAUCUACAAUAGACAUGUCCUAACCUCCUUAAUCUAUUUUCUCUCAUCUAUUCUAUCAAUGCUAACCCUACCAUUUCGCGCAGGGUUUCGUUUUUAGUUCUAUCUUGGAAAGUCUUACCAAACAUCAAGCUCAACAUUCUCAUUUCAGCUACACUCAUCUUUGUAGUAUUUACUGAACGUGAGAACUCAGAAUCUGAUGGCACACAUUCAUGUUUGACUAGGAGUUGGUUUUUUGGGGACAAAGAAUAUAUAGAUGAUGUAACUUGCACUUGGACUAUUUACAUGAGAGGGAGGGAAGGAAACUUCGUAAUAUAUCUUGCUGAUAGUGAUGAAUAAGAAGCAUGGAUACCGAAAAAUGAUAUGAAUCGUGAUGCAUACACACUUACAGGGCAUCAUUCAAUGAAGUGGGAUGAGGAUAUGGAUAGGACACAACAAGCAGCAAUUCAUAAAUGUGCGCACUUGUGUGCUAGUAUACUUGAAUGAACAUCACGAAAACAUUCUUUUCGAUGCAGACAGGUCUAGUGUAGGAAAUAGUGGAGGAAUCCUUAGCCAUUCUAUGUGUUGGACAAUAGAUGUGGAGUUCACAGUCUGAAGAACAUUUCAGAAAUUACUAAACUCCUGUAAAUUGAAGAUGUCCUGCUUUAGGGUUCUAAAAACUACGAUUAGACAACCUAAAGGAGGGAGUAAUAAGAACUAAUACAAGUUGUUUGGAAUUUGGAAUGAAAUUUUUAGCUCGUGAGCUAGUUUCUUCAACCUUGCAGUAUGAUUCAUGUGUGUCCUAUGUUAGCAUAGAUGGACUAUUUGGCAUGUUAGGGUUUGACCAAUUGUAUAAACAAUGACCCAUGUCCUGUGUCCGAGAUAGUUCUCUACAUUGGGCUUAUGUCUCUUAUCUUAUGCUGUCUUGUUCAGUGAUAUGAAUUUCUGCUCAAAUAUGGGUGUCAUUAGAUUAUAUUCUCCUGUUCUAAUUUUAUGCAUCAUCGGAUCAGUUUAAUUGUGAUAAUUAAUUCACAAAGUACUUCGUUUUAUCAUGUUUCACAUCACUUGUCUUUGUUUGUGGUCUUUCUAGGCUUCCAAGGAACUAUGUGUUACAUGCUCUUUCUUGUCACAGUACAAAUUUCUUAACCUGGACCGUCUGCAUGUCUGUUAUUUUUUUAGAGGAGCAUAACUUUAUCAGCGGGGAAGUUGUUGCUGUUAUGUACAAUAGCAGGUCUUUACAAUUUUAUUCAAUGUGCACCAGAGUCAUGAGAGCUUCUCCCUCCAAACACCAUAUUUGGGGGUCAGUGGUGGUACAUCUCCCUCCAAACACCAUAUUUGGGGGUCAGUGGUGGUACAUCAGUUCAAUGUUUUACAUGCUCUUUAAUUGUUAUUAACAUUUGACCACUGAGAAGGUAAACAAUUUACAUGCUCUAAGCCUGUAAGAUUUUGACUACCUACCCCAAGGGGGGAUAUGCAGGGUUCAUGUCAUGCACAUUAAGAGAUGAAAUUAGGUGAAAGUAUGUGUUUGUAGUCCUGACAUGAACCCUGCACAUUAAGAGAUGAAAUUAGAUGAAAGUACGUGUUUGUAGUUAUGGACUUGUUGCUCGAGUCUUAUUAAGAGAUGAAAUUAAGUGAGGACAUAGCUUUAAUUUACUUCUGCGCGCUCUUUCAAUGGCACUUUCGAAGUACAAGAAGCUUGUUACAUUCAUAUGUGCUGUUGUUGUAUGUAUUGCGUUUAGGUGCUGUUGUGGGAUAUGUCUGCAGUCGCAGCAAUUUAAACUGGUUACUUACCCGCAUAAUGAUAACAUUGUGAUUUUGUUAAGGUCAUUUACUGGUCUAGUAUUUGUUUUCUUGAAUGGCAUUCUGCAGAUUGGGCAAGCUCCACAUACAGGUGUAGGUAGAACUGGUGGUAGACCAUAUAGAGGGCGUGGCACCACUUUUCGUGGUAGGGGACGAGGUAGGGGUCGUGGGGGGCCCUUCCCUGCACCAGCUGGCAACCCAGCUGCAUAUGUGCCCGGAGAAUCAUCACAGGCUCCAGUCUGGCCACCUCCACGCAUGGCAUGGUGUGAACUCUGUAGGGUUGACUGCAACACUGCUGAAAUCCUUGAACAGCACAGAAAUGGAAAGAAACACAAGAAGAACUUGCAAGUAUACGAGGAGUUACAGAAACGCAAUGCCGUUCUUGUUGGAGGACAGAAUGAGCAAAUCCCUGCUUCUGAAGUUAAUCAAGGUGUUUCUGAGAAAAAUGAGGUUUCUGAUGAUAAAGUUGAGAGUGAGCAGCAAAAAGUUCCAGGGGAAGAUCAUUUUGAAGGUGGGGCACGCGGUCUAAAGCGCAAGAUGAGAGGAGGGCGCGGCGGUAAGUGGAUCAGGACUUCUGAUGGAUCAAAAAGACCGAUGGAGUCUCCAAAACCCAAACCGAAACAAGUCGUUAUUCCCUUGGUGUGUGAGCUGUGCAAUGUCAAGUGCGACUCGCAAGUGGUUUUCCAAACUCAUUUGGAUGGUAAAAAGCACCUUUCAAAUGUUAAGCGAUUUCAGGGCGAACAAGCUAUGCUGGAACAAGCAGCACUUCAAGCGCUUUACCCUGCACUUCAGGCUAUUCUUCAACAAGCAGCGAUUCAAGCGCUUUGCGCUCCAAACCCUAAUUCUUCAACAUCCUUUGGCAUUCAGUUUCACGGAGAAGGAGGUGGUGUUCACGGCUCUCAGGGCCCUCAGGUGGGGCCAUUAUUGUUAACUUCUCAUGGGCAAGCAUCGCCACCUGGGCUGGGGACCACAUCUGCAUCGGCUCAAAGUCAACCGUCUGGUGCUGGUAAGGCCGAAUCUGAAAAUGAAACCUUGGAGGUUGAACAUAAAGAUGUUAAUCUUCAGGCAGUUAAUCCGGUUGUGGGGCCAGCGGAUGACACAAUUACUGGAGCUGAGAAACUUUGUGAUAAUGCUCCGUCUGAUCACGUUCAGGCAGUUAAUUCUGUUGUGGGGCCAGCGGAUGACACAAUUGGUGGAGCUGAGAAACUUUGUGAUAAUGCUCCAUCUGAUCAUGUUCAGGCAGUUAAUCCGGUUGUGGGGCCAGCAGAUGACACAAUUAGUGGAGCUGAGAAACUUUGUGAUAAUGCUCCGUCUGAUCAUGUUCAGGCAGUGAAUCUGGUUGUGGGGCCAGCGGAUGACACAGUUAGUGGAGCUGAGAAACUUUGCGAUAAUGCUCCGUCUGAUCAUGAUAUUGCUGAAGCUGACAAAAAUGUGGAAGAGCUUGAGUCUAGCCGCAAAGAGUAAACAAUGUGGGUUCCGGGCACAUUAUCGUAGGAAGUCUGGAUGUAAUUGAAGGAACUCCUCUUUAACUCAUUGGUUUUUUUUUUUGUUCGGAUAAAUUGGGUAAAAGGAUUUUCUGCACAAGAUACGUCGGCUACUUUAAGAUCGGGUAUCUCAAUACCUAUUUGAUCUAUUGUCAUUGCCAAUGUCCGAUGAUAUGAGUUAUGAGGACUUAUUUAGAAAUGAUUGUCCCAGAAA